AUGGGAAUCACGGCUAUCCCCGGCGGAAUCCCGACCAACACGACACAGUUCGAUCUUUACUUCACCGACAUAACCAGCAUUCCCGCAGGUACAUUUGCCAAUCUUACCGCGCUAGAAUCACUAAGCUUGGUCAGCGGCCAAAUCACCAGCGUCUCUCCGAAUGCUUUCGCGGGACUCGUUGCUCUCACUGAACUAAACUUGCGGCGCAACCCACUUUCCGCCGUUCCCACGAGUGCAUUCACAGGCCUCACUGCCCUGCAACGGCUUAACUUGGACCACAACGAAAUAACCACGCUAUCUGCAAACGCUUUCCCGCAUCUACCGGCUCUGACUUCUCUUUCCCUGACCGACAAUCAGCUCACCACCAUUCCCGAAAAUGCAUUCGCUGGGCUUGGAGCACUGACGAAUCUAGACCUGACCGAAAAUCAGCUCACCACCAUUCCCGAAAAUGCAUUCGCUGGACUUGGAGCACUGACGAAUCUUCAACUACCAUCCAACAAAAUUGUCAGCAUGGCUGCAAUUUCAUUCACAGGACUGGCUGGGCUGACAACGCUAAUCAUGAACAACAACCUGGUCACCACCAUUCCCGAGAACGCACUACCUGGGCUUGCAGCGCUUGAAGUCUUAGAUUUGAGGUACAAUUCCAUCACCAGCGUGAGCGGGAACGCGUUCGCAGGGCUACUGAGCCUACGGAGCCUAGACAUUUCCGCAAAUGCAUUUGCAGGGUUGACUGCACUGACUCUAUUCAAUUUAACCGCACUGCACACGUUGACUUUGGAAAACAACCUGCUCACGAGCAUUUCAGCAAACGCAUUCUCUGGACUUUCGGCGCUGACUUGGCUUCAUCUGGCAUACAACCGGCUCACGAGCAUUUCUGCAAAUGCAUUUUCUGGGCUUUCGGCGCUGAGUUCGCUUUAUCUGAACAACAAUCCUUGCACCGCGAUUGCCGCCGAGGCGUUCAACGGGCUCACGUCACUGAAAUCCCUAACGCUGGUCGCAAACCAGCUGACCAGCAUUUCUGCAAAUGCUUUUGUAGGACUGAAUGCGCUCACGUAUCUAUACCUUCAAAACAACCGAAUCGUUAGCUUUUCUGCAGACGCGUUCACCGGGCUACCCGUGCUGAUAUAUCUAGACAUCUAUUCCAACCCAAUCACCAGUAUUCCUUCAAAUGCAUUCACAGGGCUGACAAAACUAGUUUUCUUACGUCUGGACACCAAUCAGAUCACCAGCAUUUCCGCAAAUGCAUUCACCGAGCUUAGUGCAUUACGCGGCUUGUGGCUGCACUCAAACCGGAUCACCACCCUGUCCGCAAAUGCAUUCAUUGGCCUGACCGCGCUGACCAACUUACCUUUGAAUGACAACCCAUUGACAACCACGCCCCCUGGUUUGUUCAAGGGGUUGCCAAAUAGCCUGUUCUUGUCGUACAGUUCCAAUUCAUAUGGCCUGCCGCUGACACCGAACGACUUUACUUUUGCUGGGAAUACCAUUGCUCCUCCCAGCAUGUAUGGCACCGCUUCUACGCCUUACCAGUGUGAUACGACUUGUGCAACCUGCUAUGCCGCUGGGUCAAGUGCGUGCUGCGGAACCAAUUGCCUGACUUGCAAUUCCUCCAACGUGUGCAUUCAGUGCUACGACGGGUUUGAACCGAUGGAUGGCUACUGCCUCGCCACCGCCGCAACCAAUGCUUCGACUUCUGUUGCUUCAUUUGCAUCCGCAGCGUCCACGGCUUCUGCUUCCAUUGCAUCUCUGGUUUCGGCCACAUCUGCACUGUCCGCUUCUGCAGCAUCCACCGCUUCUGCCUCCGCUGCGUCGGCAGCCUCCAACGCUCCUCGCGACACAGGCAAUGGCAGCGCCUCGUUGCCGAUGAUUAUUGGUAUCAUUGUCGGCUUGUUGGUUCUCGUGUUGGUUUUGGCCAUGUUUGUUGCCCUUCGUCGCCGGCACGCUUCUCAGACCCUCGCAACCUCCGCCAGCGCCGCCAAACUGGCCAAAUCAACUUCCGAGCUGGGUCCAGCCUAUGAGAGUAUCCACGCGGCUUCUUCUUCGCAUGUGGCAAACCCCACUUAUGAAGCCAUUUCCACGAACAGCACCCAACCCCUUUACGAGGCAGUCGGCUCGAGUCCUCGGGCUCCUGCGGGCUCGCCAGAGCUUGUCUACGCCGAAGCGUCCGCCGUGACCUCCGUAACCCGCUCCAAUGCGAAUGCGUCGGCCAACACAGCAUACUCGGCGCUGGCCCAUUCUGGGCCUCCGGUCGAAUCAGCAACGUAUGCUUCUGCGACUUCGACAUCUCAUCCUGCGGGCACGAACGAGGUUGCGCUCGCUUCCGUCCACUAUGCUGAUGCGUCGGGAAGCGCCGUCGAGUACGCCAACCCUGCUUUGCCUGCCCCAUCCACAAUUCGGGCGGCGGGCACCACUGCAGCUACCGCCUACUCGGAGAUUGCGUCUCUGCCAACCCAAUCGACCAUUGGCAACGCUUACGAGUCAAUCGAGCUCUAA